AUGGGCAAUGCUGGUACUUUCUCUUCCAUAUUCGACUUGAAAGCUCUACAUGAAUGCUUAUUUGCCUCAAAGGAUUCAAAUUUCUAUGGAAUUUCUACAAGUAGAAAUAUAGUUACUAGUUUCUCGGAUGGCAAGGAGAAUGGUUUUACAGAUCUUGAGAGUGGACUCCUUGCUCGGAACUCGAUAGCAGCACCCAUCCCGCACGGAAGAGGAACUAUGUCAGUUGAUCGUAAUUGGAUGUACCACCGACUUAGUGAAAAUGGUUAUAUAAGAGCUGAGUUCUGUGAUGGAGUUAAAGGGUUCCUUGAGUUUGCAUUUACUCAGUUAGAGUAUUGUAGUGGUGAUAAGAUUAGAUGCCCUUGUAUAAGAUGUGACAACCAGAAAUUUCUUAACCGUGAUACGGUCAAUGUUCAUCUUUUGAGAAAGGGGUUUACACCGGGGUAUUCAACAUGGUUUGCACAUGGGGAGUUACUUGGUGCAGUUGCUCCUAUAAGUACAAGUGCAGUAGAAGCAUCGACAUCAAUGGAUGUUGGUUGUGAACAUGGUCAGCAAUAUAGAACCAUGGUGAUGGAAGCUAUGGGCCCAGAAGAGGAACUUCAUUUGAGGAGUGCACUUGAAGUUAAUCAUGAAGAAGAGCCAAACAAGGAUGCUGCAGAUUUUUAUUCUUUGUUGAAAGAUGCAGAAGUACCUUUGUGGGAAGGGUGUAAAAAACACUCUAAGUUAUCUGCUAUUAGUCAAUUAUUAAAUUGCAAGUCUGAAUUUAAUAUGAGUAUAUCUUGCUAUGAUCGAAUCAUGAAAAUAGUGAAGAAUAUGUUGCCGGAAAGUGAGAAGCUGCCCCCUGAUUUCUAUCAAUCAAAGAAGAUGCUUCGGAAGUUGGGAUUGGAGUAUACAAGUAUUGAUGUUUGUGAGAAUAAUUGUAUGCUAUUCUAUAAGAAAACAGAGAAUUUGAUUGAGUGUACCAUUUGUGGUCAUCCUCGAUAUAAACUCAGAAGAAAUGAUGGUGGUGGUAGGAGAAAAGAUGUUCCUUAUAGAAGGUUGCGAUAUCUUCCAAUAACACCAAGACUUCAGAGGCUUUUUAUGUCAAGCAGAACGGCUGAAAACAUGUCAUGGCAUGUGAAGGGAGGUGAUUCAGAUGAGAUGGUGCAUCCUGCUUGUGGGGAGGCUUGGAAGCACUUUGACCGCAUUCAUCCAUCCUUUUCUACCGAGCCUCGUAAUGUGAGACUUGGGUUAUGUACUGAUGGUUUUAACCCUUUUAGCCAAUCAGCUCGUCCUUAUUCUUGUUGGCCAGUUUUCGUAACAGUUUACAAUCUUCCACCAUCAAUAUGUAUGAAACGACCCUACAUUUUUCUAAGUUUAGUCAUUUCUGGACCUAAGAGCCCUGGCAAAAGUAUCGAUGUCUUGCUUAGGCCUUUGAUUGAUGAACUUAAAAUAUUGUGGGAAGUAGGGGUCAGCACUUAUGACAUUUUUAGAAAAGAGAAUUUUCAAAUGAAGGCAGCUUUAUUGUGGACUAUCAACGAUUUUCCUGCAUAUGGCAUGCUUUCAGGAUGGAGUACGCAUGGAAAGUUGGCCUGCCCGUAUUGUAUGGAGAACUCAAAAACUUUUACACUACAACAUGGUGGGAAGACUUCUUUUUUUGACUGCCAUCGUCAAUUCUUGCCCAUGGACCAUGCAUACAGAUACCAAGUUGAUGGUUUCUUCAAUGGUAGAAUAGAGACAGACCCCCCACCUCCUCGACUGUCUGGUGAGGAGUUGAAAAAUAGGGUCUCUGCCUUGCCUAAUAUAACUUUUGGUUUGAAAGCCCCUAAGCACACCAUUCCUGGAUUCGGUAAAGAUCAUAAUUGGGUGAAAAGGAGCAUAUUUUGGGAGUUGCCCUAUUGGCAUACACUACUUAUUCGACACAAUUUAGAUGUCAUGCAUAUUGUUCGAAAUGUGUUUCUCAAUAUAUUUUACACUUGUAUGGAUGUAAAAGGGAAGACUAAAGAUAAUGUGAAAGCAAGGCAAGAUUUAGAGCUGUAUUGCAAGCGUCCUAAGUUGAGGAUUCAAUUUGUUAAUGGAAAGCUAGUUAAGCCUCCAGCUUCCUAUGUAUUGUCCAAAGACCAAGCAAUGGAGGUCUGCGAGUGGGUGAAAGGGUUAAGACUCCCUGAUGGAUAUGCUUCAAACAUAUCGAAGUGUGUUAACCUGGAUGAUUAUAAGUUUUACGGGUUAAAAAGUCACGAUUGUCAUGUUUUCAUGCUGAGAUUGCUUUCAAUUGCAUUCCGUGAAGUAUUGCCAGCACCAGUGUGGGAUGCAUUGACAGAAUUAAGCUGUUACUUUAGAGAUUUAUGCAGCACAACUCUGCGUGUCCGAGAUAUGGAGGUUCUUGAGAAAAAUAUUGUGGUAACUCUCUGCAAACUUGAGAAGAUAUUCCCUCCUGCAUUUUUUGACUCAAUGGAGCACUUACCUGUUCAUCUAGCUUAUGAAGCUAAGGUUGGGGGGCCCGUGCAGUACAGAUGGAUGUACCCCUUUGAAAGGCUUAUGCAUGAUAUAAAGCAGAAGGUAAAGAAUCGAGCAUCGAUUGAAGGUUCUAUUGUCGAGGCUUACAUCAUAGAAGAAAUAUCAACUUUCUGUUCGCAUUAUUUUGAGCCUUCUAUACAAACGAGGUUAAAUCAAGUUCCCCGUAAUGAAGACGAAGGGGAGUUUGAUCUCAUGGAUCGUCUAUCCAUUUUUACUCAUCAAGGUCGGCCUUUUGGGAAACCUUUUGGAAGGCAUUUGACUACUCAGGAGUUUAGUGCUGCUGAAUUAUAUGUUCUUCUGAAUUGUGAGGAGGUUCAACCUUUUGGAAAGUAUUUUGAUGAUUAUAUCCGCCAAUUUUGUCCAAAUAUAAGCCAAAUAGAUUUGGAAAGACGACGCGAAAUGGAGUUUCCGGCUUGGUUUAGGUCAUAUGUUAACGACAGUAAAAAUCAUGUUGAUGGGCGCUUAAAGGACCUAUCAUAUGGCCCUGGGAAUAAAGUUAAAUGUUAUAAAGGCUACUUUAUGAAUGGGUACAGAUUUCACACCAAAGAAUAUGGAAAGGAUAAAAGCACCUUCAACAGUGGUGUGUGCAUUAAGGGAAGCAGUUACAAUGACUUUGAGAGUGACUAUUAUGGGAUGUUGGUUGACAUUAUCGAGUUAGACUAUUUUGGGGUUGGUAAUAAAGUAGUGUUAUUCAAAUGUGACUGGUAUGAUAGAGAUAAGGGUAUGAAAGUGCACCCUCAACAUGGCCUCGUUGAGAUCAAUUACAAACUAAGACUUCCAACCAAUGAUCCUUUUGUAUUAGCUCAACAAGCACAUCAGGUGUUCUAUACUGGUUACCCAGGUAAGAAGAAGAAUCGAAGAUUGUGGUGGGCAGUAAUUAAGACAAAAGCUAGAGGUAGGUUCACUCCUAGUGUGACAGAAGAAAAUUUUCUUGAUUUUUAUCAAGAAGAAAACCACAGGAUUCCUACCCCAAUCUCGAUGACAGAUGAGCUUGAUGAUCCAGACAUUUUGGUUGGUGUUAAUAGAGAUGCAGAAGAUAUUGAUGCAGCAGAAAUUGAGUUGACGACUAACCAAAUGGAAGAGGACUUUGAGGAUGAAGAAGAAGAUUUUGAAGAUGAACAAACCGAGGAAGAGGAGCAUGAGGCUGAGGAAGAUUAA